AUGCACAUCCUCACGCUCCUCACUCUCGCGCCCAUCCUUCUCAUAACCCGCUACUUCAUGUCCCUCCUCUACCUAACCUACACCACACGCACCCUCCAGUGCAUCCCAGGCCCAUUCUGGGCGCGCUUCACACGCCUCUGGUACUUCCGUCGUCUAUGGAACGGGCACUUCGAAGACGACAACAUCCGUCUGCACAACCAAUACGGGCCUAUCGUGCGCAUCGCCCCAGACCACUAUAGCAUCAGUGACCGGGCUGCGUUGAAAACGAUCUACGGGACGGGCACCAAGUUCGCAAAGUCCGCGUGGUAUGAGGGUUGGAAACACCCGGAUCCCGAGCGGUGGACUUUGUUCCCUGAUAGGAAUAUCAAGAGGCAUGGUGAGACUCGAAAGCGGUUUUCGAGUUUGUACUCGAUGAGCUCGCUGGUGCACUACGAGGACUUUGUGGACCAAUGCGCGGAUGUCUUCUUCCAGAGAUUGGGUGAAUUCGCUGAGCAAGACGCAAAGUUCAAUCUUGGGGAGUGGCUUCAGUUCUAUGCUUUUGAUGUUAUUGGGGAGAUUACUUAUGGGCAACGCUUUGGCUUCCUCGACAAGGGCCACGAUAUUGACGGGACUAUCAGCGCCCUCCAGAACCUAAUGGCUUAUAGCUCCUUGAUUGGAAUAUACCAUGAGUGGCAUCCCCGGUUGUUCGGGACCCUGAGUCGCUUUGCUUGGUCUGGUGCAGGCGGUCGAGCAUACAUCAUGCGGUACGUGCAGGAAAAGAUUGCCCGUCACAGCACUCAGAAGAAAAGCGACGUUGAGCAUGGCCCCUUGAAAACCCAAACAUUCCUCGAGAAGAUGACCCUCGCCAGAGACAAAGACCCCGAAAAGGUGACAGACUACCACGUCUUCAUGAUGGGUCUGUCGAAUGUUAUCGCCGGGUCAGAUACAACAGCCAUCAGCCUCUGCUCAAUUAUGUACCACCUUCUGCAUUAUCCCGCCGUCCUCAGCAAACUACGUCAGGAAAUCAACGACUACACCGCUCAAGGCCUCUGCAGCGAACGAGUCACCUUCAAAGAGAGCCAAGAAAUGCCCUACUUCCAAGCCGUCAUGAAAGAAGCCCUCCGUAUGCAUAGUGCAACAGGGCUCCCUUUCUGGCGCGUCGUACCAGCGGGCGGUGCACAAAUCAGCGGCCAUUUCUUCCCAGAAGGCACUGUCGUCGGCGUCAACGCAUGGAUACCACACUACGACGAGACGAUAUUUGAAGACGCAAAGACCUUCCGACCAGAGAGGUGGAUCGAGGCGGAAAAUGAGCCUGAGAGGUUGAAGGUUAUGAAUGAGAUGUAUAUGCCGUUUGGCUUAGGCUCUCGAACUUGUCUCGGGAAGCACAUUUCCAUCUUAGAAAUGUCGAAACUCAUUCCCCGAAUCAUCUGUGAAUUCGACUUUACUACAGAGAACCGCAAAUGGAGUACCGUGAACCAUUGGUUCGUCAAACCGACCGACUUAGAGGUACAGGUUCGUCGGCGGGACAAGGCUGUUGGGAUAUAA